ACAGCUCAUGGAGGGGACACGGGUGACAGUGUUGUGCUGACGGCCCUUCACCGUGUUCAGCCAUAAACACCCAUGAGGGAAUCAUGGAGUCAUGCAAUGGUUUGGGUUGGAAGGGACCUUAAAGAUCAUCCAGUUCCGCCCCCUGCCACGGGCAGGGACACCUUCCACUAGCCCAGGUUGCUCCAAGUCCUGUCCAACCUGGCCUUGGACACUUCCAGGGGUGGGGCAGCCACAGCUUCUCUGCCCAACCUGUGCCGGGGCCUCCCAACCCUCACAGCCAAGAAUUCCUUCCCAUCUAAAUUUCCCCUCUUUCACUUUGAAGUCAUUCCCUGUGUCCUGUCCCUCCAUCCCUUGUCCCAAGUCCCUCUCCAGCUCUCCUGGAGCCCCUUUAGGCCCUGGAAGGUGCUCUAAGCUCUCGUUGGAGCCUACUCUUCUCCAGCCUGACCUUGGACACUUCCAGGGAUGGGGCAGCCACAGCUUCUCUGGGAAUUCCAUCCCAGCCCUUUACCACUGUCCCAGGGAAGAAUUCCCAGUAUCCCAUCUCUCCCUGCCCUCUGGCAGUGGGAAGCCAUUCCCUGUGUCCUGUCCCUCCAUCCCUUUGUCCCAAGUCCCUCUCCAGCUCUCCUGGAGCCCCUUCAGGGACUGGAAGGUCACUGAGGGAAACUGAGGCAGGGAGGGCUCAAGCAGCAGAGCCCCAGCCCAGCCCUGGCCACAGGGAGCUGAGGGGCCCAAGGUUUGUUUUGACGUCCCCCGGAUGUUUUCUCCAACACCCACCAAAUGUGAUUUAACGCCGAGAUACCCGCCUGAAAAAAAAAGGGAAAUUGUCCCCAAAAGUGGGUGAAGGUUCAUGGGUAAUUAUAGCACCUGGACUUCGCUCUGCAGCCCCGGCCCCUCCUGCCCUGCUUGGCAAGGGAGCACAAAAACAUGUGGCUAAUGAGUUACUGGUCCAUUCCCUCCCAUCACAUCCCGCCGGCCCCGGUCGGGGAUAUUUCGCAAUCCAGGACGUUAUUUCUGUGCAGUUGGAGUUUAAACUUUGCCACUCGGGUCAGGGCAUCACACAGGAGGAGGAGGAGGAGGCUGGGCUCGGUGUCCACCCCACUGCCCUGCACUCAGAGAGGGUUGAGAGGACAAUCUGUGGGAUCUCACCCAGCCAUGGCCUCCAGCGUGGACAGCCUGGACCUGCUGGACCUUCUCUUCGACCGCCAGGACGGGAUCCUGCGCGGGGUGGAGCUGGGAACGCCGCCGGGAGCCUGGCACGAGGGCAGGCGUGUCCAGGACAGCGAGGACUUGCUCAGCUCCAUCCUGGGCUCCGGGGACUCGGCGUCGGACUCGCCCAGCUGGUCCUCGGCCACCAGUGACAGCGGGGUCUCCGAGGACCCCCCCUCGGACCAGCACGACAGCCCCCCCAGGUGCUGUGACGGGGGUCCCCAGGAGGUCCUGUACCCCUACACCAACCCCUGCCGGGCUCAGCCCAUCCCAGCGGGGUCUGGGGUCCUGCAGCCCGAGGUCUCCAUCGACCUGGACAUGUGGCACCCCGGGUUCUUCCUGGAGGAGAGCCAGGACCCGCCCGUGGUCUCCCCGCCGCCGACCUGUGCCCUCACUGUCAAGGACCUGCUGCUCUCGGGCAGCUCUGACAACCAGCCACAGGCUCCCGGCUCCCUGCUCCGGCCAAACCAGGGCCACUUCCAGGAGCUGGUGCUGACGGAGGACGAGAAGAAGCUGCUGGCCAAGGAGGGGGUGACCCUGCCCACGCAGCUGCCCCUCACCAAGUACGAGGAGCGGGUGCUGAAGAAGAUCCGGCGGAAGAUCCGGAACAAGCAGUCGGCUCAGGAGAGCCGCAAGAAGAAGAAGGAAUAUAUCGACGGGCUGGAGAGCAGGAUGUCGGCGUGCACGGCCCAGAACCAGGAGCUGCAGAGGAAAGUCCUGCACCUGGAGAAGCAGAACUCAUCCCUCCUGGAGCAGCUGAAGAAGCUCCAGGCCCUCGUGGUCCAGUCGAGCAACAAGGCGGCGCAGACGGGAACCUGCCUGGCGGUCCUGCUGCUCUCCUUCACCCUCAUCGUCUUCCCCUCCGUCAGCCCCUUCGCCCCCAGCAAGGACGAGCCCAACGGCGACUUCAGGCCAGUGCGAGUUUUCUCCAGGUCGCUGCACAACGCGGCCGCCUCCCGCGUGGUUCACAGCCAGCCCCAGCCCGGGGACGAGCAGCCCCGGGAGCCCCUGUGGUCGGAGCCCCCCGAGACCCUGCACGAAGCUUUCAGUGGCCACACACACCUGGACAAAGUGUCCCUCAGGAACAAAGUGCCCCUCGGGAACGACACGGCGGCACUGGCCCCCGAGGGGCUGAGCCGCGGGGCCGGGGACGGCACCGACGCCGUGCCAGGGGACAGCCCCACGUCACACCAGAGCCUGGCAGCGCUGGCCUGGUCCAAAGCUGGGCACGGCCACCCCGCCGGGCUGGAGCCAGAGGAGGAGCUUUAGCAGCACCCAGGGACCACGGGGGACGCCACGGGGUGACACAGCACCUCAUCCCCUCCGGGAUGAGCCCUCGGGGUGACCCCUCCGGGACGUGCCUCCAGCUGCUGGACCCGCUCGGCUUUGCUUGUGCCUGGGAACUGGGAAGAGGAGAUCGCUUCCCAUUGGCCUUACUGGGAGGGAAGGGGCUGCUCCUGCCCCCUGGGUGCACUGGAAGUUGUGGAAGGGAUGAGGGGUCGCUCAGGACGGGGCUGAGGGAGCGGGAGGGGCCCUGGGCUGGUUGGUUUUGCUGAUGGUGCAACUGGUUGGUUUUGUUCUUGGGUUGUUUUGGUGUUCUUUUGUUUUUUUAUAUUUUUAUUUUCAUCUCUAAAUACAAGUUAUUUUGGAAAAAAAUCCACCUGAUUUAAUUUAAGAGGGGGUGAUCCACAAGGUUUCAAGGAGCCUUGGGCCAGGGGGACCUCAAGCCCAACUGUCUCGAGGCAAUGGGGCCCAGGAGAGAUGGGACAUGUGGCCAGGCCCAGUGGGACACCAGGGCACAUCCCACAGCUCCCAGCCCUGCAUCCAACUGGGAUCCAGCCAGCACCAGUCCCCUUCCAUGGCCAAGUGACAUGGAAUCAGAGAAUUAUGGAGCAGUUUGGGUUAGAAGGAACCUUAAAGCCCAUCCAGUUCCACCCCAUGCCACGGGCAGGGACACCUUCCACCAUCCCAGGUUGCUCCAGGCCCUGUCCAACCUGGCCUUGGACACUUGCAGGGAUGGGGCAGCCACAGCUUCUCUGGGAAAAUCCACACCCCCCAGUCUGUGGGAUGGGCACAGCCAGGACCUGGUGGUGGCUCAUCCCAACCACCACCUGGUGCCAGCUGUCCCACUGAUCCCGUGUCACCAUCCCAGUGCCCAGACCCCCCAUCCUUCUGCUCCCCGAGCUCCAGCUGUGCCCCAC